GCGGCCAGGCGGACGCGGGGCGAUCCCGGGCGGUGGGGAGUGAACUGGGGAGCCUCGGCGCCCCCUCCCCGGCCCUGGGCCCCCCAGCCGGUCCCCAGAACUUCACGCCCGUUGCUGCUUAUAAGCCAAGAAGAUAAAUCAAAAUGGCAAGUGGCAAGCUUCAAGGACAUGUGGGUCAAACAAAGUUGGUCCGAAUGCUCAAAGGAUUCCAAGGCAGCAGAGUCCUGGCACCGAAGCUGGUCUCAGAAGAGGAAGCAAACAAAAUGCUCAGCCCCUCUGAAUUCCUGAAGGAGAUGUCCCUCACCACAGAAGAGCGUCUGUCUUCAACUCGAGUGAUGUGCCGGCCACAGAUCACCGAGCUUUUAGAUAUGGGAGAAACCACUCAUCAAAAGUAUUCAACGAUUGACCUGGAUCAGACCUUAUUCCAGCCGUUCCCAUCAGAGAUUGUAUUUCAGAACUACGAUGCCUGUGAAGUCUAUGAAGUACCACUGAUUCUUAGAAACAAGGACAAGGUUCCAAGACUGGUGAAGAUUGUUGAGGAAAGUUCGCCUUACUUCAAAGUCAUCAGCCCCAACGAUAUUUGUAAUAAAGUAGCCCCAGGGGUGCCAUCUACGUUCCGAAUCCUCUUCACUCCAGAAGAGAACAAGGAUUAUUCCCAUGUGCUGACCUGUGUUACUGAAAGAGAAAAGUUCAUCGUGCCCAUUAAGGCUCGAGGUGCUCGGGCCAUUCUCGAUUUUCCUGAUGAGCUGAACUUUGGCGUUUGUCCCGUCAAAUACAGCACCCAGAAGAUUCUGCUGGUACGGAAUAUUGGCAACAGGGAGGCCGUGUUCCACAUCCAGACUGGGAGUCCUUUUUCUGCAGAGCCAUCUGUUGGGACUGUCAACGUGGGAGACACUGUACAGAUGGCAGUGGAUUUUGAGCCACUUGUACUAGGAGACCACAGUGAAAAGCUUAUAGUGAACUAUGACACAGGGGAAAAGGUUUGUGUGAGCUUGUAUGGAGCUGGUGCAGAUAUGAAUAUUAGACUGGACAAGAAUUCCUUGAUCAUUGAGAAGACCUUUAUAUCUCUGUCCAGUCAGAGAAAUAUAAUCAUUCACAACCGAAGUAAUAUCAUUGCACAUUUCCAGUGGAAGGUAUAUGCUACCCAAGAAGAAGAGGAUAAAGAAAAAGCUAGGCUAUGCAGUGACCUCAACAAGAAGGAGGAGGAGAAGACAGAAGCGCUUCUACAGGAGUGCAUCCUUGACCCGUCUCUGCGAGAGCACCUCUCUGUCAUCUCCCACGCUUUCCGGAACCAGAGGCAGACCGUGCAGGCCAACAAUAUGCUUUUCUUUGGCAGCAUCUUUGUCAUCGAGCCAGUAGAAGGAGAUAUUUGGCCCAAUUCAACAAUGCAAAUCAGUGUGAACUUUUACCCUCGAGAAGCCAGGCUCUAUCAGCAAACAAUUUACUGUGACAUUUCAGGCCGGGAGAGCCGGUUGCCCCUUCGAAUCAAAGGGGAAGGAAUGGGACCCAAAAUUAUCUUCAACUUUGACGUGUUGGAUAUUGGUAAAGCUUUUGUUGGCUCAAUACACAGCUAUGAGGCCAUUCUGUCCAACAAGGGCAGCAUCGAUGCCCUCUUUAAUUUGGACCCUCCAACAACACCUUUGGGAUCCUGUUUCAUCUUUAACCCCAAGGAAGGCAUCGUGGAGCCCUCAGGGCUACAAACCAUACAGAUUUCCUUCAGCUCGAGCAUCCUGGGGCACUUCAGGGAGGAGUUCCUUUUCAGUGUCAACGGAUCCCCAGAACCUGCGAAACUGACCAUCAGAGGCUGUGUCAUUGGGCCAACUUUCCAUUUUAAUGUUCCAUCCUUAGAUUUUGGUGAUGUCUCUUUUGGGUUCCCUCGUACUUUGACUUGCUCCCUCAAUAACACCUCCUUGAUCCCCAUGACCUUUAAACUCCGUGUCUCUGGGGAUGGUGUCGGAGAGCCAAGUGUCACGAGUUUGGAACAGACUUUAGACAUCAACAAACCGUCGUGGAAGAAUGGAAAUCCGCCAGCAAUUAAGCCACGAGAAUUCACCAUUAACCCCGUUUCAGGCACCAUCCGAUCUCAGGGAUUUGCUGCUAUUCGGGUAACCUUAUGCUCCAACACUGUGCAGAAGUACCAGAUGGCUCUUGUGGUGGAUGUAGAGGGCAUUGGCGAGGAAGUACUGGCACUCCUCAUUACAGCAAGGUGCGUUGUGCCUAAACUUCGUGUGGUUAAUCCAGUGCUGGACUAUGGGUGCUGCUUCCUGAAAUACCCUUACAGGCAAAAGGUGGGGCUUGUCAACGAUGAUGACCUCCCGGGAUGCUAUGGAGUUCUCUUACAGGAAUAUGAGGAGACACCUGCUGUACUUUUUUCUAGCCCAAACCCAUGUGGGAUUAUCAACCCCCACAGCGCAGUGGAGUUAUGGGUGAUCUUGGAGACUCAGAUCCUUGGAGAAUACGAGGGCACAGUUUACAUUGCCAUCUUUGGGAGCAAGGACCCACCACUGAGUGUCCACUUAAGGAGCAUUGGAGAAGGCCCUGUAGUCAAUGUGUUUCCUGACAGAAUUGAUUUUGGCAACAUCUAUGUCCUGAAGGAUACAUCCAAGACACUCCAUCUAUCCAAUCAAUCUUUCAUUACUGCCUUCUUUACUGCACAUUUGACUAACAAUAAAUCCCUGUGGAAGAUUUCGCCAGAUGAAGGCAUAGUUCCUCCAGAACGUGAAGUUCUCCUGACGGUGACUGCCAACUUGGACGACAUGCUGCCCUUCAAAGAUGUGAUCAUUUUGUCCAUUCAGUACAGCAAUAGCUACCAGAUUCCUGUUGAAGCUGUGGGGAAGGGCACCACAAUUGUUUCUGACAAGGCUUUUGCUCCAGAACUCAACUUGGGGGCCCACUUCAGUGUGGACCCCUACUUCUACCACUUAAAACUGACCAACAAAGGACGCCGAUUCCACCAGCUCUUCUGGAUGAAUGAAGGUUUCCAUCAGUAUCAGAAGCAAAGAAGGUCAAAUGUUUCCACUGACAGUGCACAGGUCUCCAAACCAGAUGGCCCCGUGUUUCAGGUCCACCCUGUCAGAAUGGAGAUGAGCCCAGGCCAAACGUCUGAACUGGUGUUGGAAGGAUUUUCUCCUGUUCCUAAGGUAGUCAAAGAAAGGCUAGUGUGUUAUGCCAUCAUAGGAGGAAAUGUAAGGAAGACACAGAUCAUGACAGUCAAUGUCAUCUGCGAGUUCAUUGCACCCAUUAUACAGCUCUCAACAAAGCAGAUCAUAUACCACCUGGAAAAGGAACCUCAAAGUGAGUUGCAGGCAGAAUUCAAGCCUCUUACCCUAAAGAACAUCUCUUCUCUGCCAGUCCGGGUGACACUGAGCACCAAAGAGCCCUUUUACCUGUGCGACCUGGACCACUCCCUUCUGUACCAGCCCUGUGGGCCUUUGGAAAUGGCAGUUGGGGCGGAGAAGAAAUUGAUGAUCAAGUUUGACCCGUGCAUCCGAAGUGAUUUAAACCAAUGGGUAGCCGAAGAAGACCUGACCAUCAAGUAUGUCGAGCAUCCCCAGGUGGACUAUAUGAGCCUAAGGGGAGAAGUUCAUUUCCCUAACCUCACCUUUGAGACCAUGGAAGUGGACUUUGGCUGCAUCCUGAACGACACAGAGGUGAUUCGAUACAUCCAAAUGGUCAACUGCAGCCCCCUGGUGGUGAAAUUCCGAUGGUCCUUCCUUGUAGAUGACAGUGACAACCAGAUAAGGUUUGAAACAGGGCAACAUAAGCCAUACACUGGCCCAGUUCAUGUUGGGUCUCAGUCAUUGGGGUCCCAACAGGAUUUACUUCCAGUAACCCCAGCGCCAGCAGCUUCACCAACCCCAGUACCAUCAAAUUUAGGAACCAUUGAAGCAGAUGAAUUUGUUGAGCAUAUCAUUCUGGAUGAGAAUAAUGUGAAUGAAGAAGGAGAAAAGAAGCUUCUACAGACAUCAGACAUGGUCAACACAGUCAAUGAAGAACCAUUGAAAUCAAGCCUCGAAGAAGAAGAAAGAGCAAUAAUACCCCAGAGCCAGGUGGAAUUUCAGGAAUCCCUGCGGAUCUUUGAACAGGAUGAGUCUCUCACCAUUGGGGUGGAAGAAGUAUUUGACAUCUUACCCCUCUAUGGAGUGUUACCGCCCCUUAGUAGCCACCAGGUGUCAUUCUCAUUUUAUGGGCACUGUGACAUCAUUGCUCAGGUGAAAGCCCUGUGUGAAGUGGAGGGGGGCCCCACCUAUGAGAUUACGCUGAAAGGAGAAGCUUCAUUGGUCAGCUAUCAAUUUGACAGAAAGGAAAUUAAUUAUGGACUACAGCUGUUUGAUCAUGUCAUGGAAAGUGAACUCACCCUGAAGAAUACUGGCAAAGUUGGCUUUGAUUUCAAAGUUCUUCAUGGGAACCAGAGUUCUUUAGAUGGCCCUCAGCUUGGAGUGCCUCUGAUCCUGCCUUGCUCUGGUUACAUUGAAUCGAAACAAGAACAGGUGUUAAAGGUUUAUUACCUGCCUGGAGUGCCUGAGGUCUUUGAGAGGAGUUUCCAGGUCCAGAUUGCCCAUUUAGAACCAGAGACCCUCACUCUGAUGGGAGAGGGGAUCUUUCCCCAGAUCUGCCUGGAUCUCCCAAGGAACAUCAAAGGGAACGAAAAGUAUGAGGAAUUCUUGAGAGAGGCCAGAAAAAAUCUGGGGAAGGAGCUCAGCAAGGAGGAGUUGCCAAUCUAUACAGAUCCAGCAACUGAGACCACAUCUGAGGAGGAGUGUAUGGCAAGCCAUUUAGAUGUCCAGCUCCAGAUGGAAGUAGAGAGGCUGAUCAUCCAACAUCAUGCUUUAGAACAACAGAAAUUACUCAAUCUGGAGGGAUCUUUCUUCGGUUACCGAUCUCGCUGGAGAUUGCUCAAGGCUCAUCUUCCCGAGUAUAUCCUUGACUUUGGCUACAUUAUUCUUGGUAAUGUCCGCACCCACAUUGUCAAAAUCACCAACACCAGCAACUUGCCAGUGUCUUUCCACGCAGAAAAGAGUGCCCUUCAUGACUCAGGCUUUAGUGUACAGCUCGACCGUGUGAGGAAUCUGCCUUUUUGUGAAACGGAAGCGUUCGAGGUGAGAUGUGACCCGCAAGCGGCCAACGUCUCCGUCGGAAACAAAGAAGUGAUUCUGCCUAUCAAGGUAUUGGGUGGGCCGACGCUGAACAUCUGCCUGCGUGCCAAGGUGACCAUACCGGCUCUCUCCUUGUCUCAUGACAAAGUGGAGUUUGACAGCAUCCAGUGUGGGCAAUGCCAGGUGGCUACCAUCCAACUUCACAAUGAGUUGCCAGUUCCCUGCGAAUGGUUUAUCUCUAACCUUAAGCAGGUCUCCAAGCUGGACAAGCGCAUGCCAAAAUACUUAAGGAGGAAGCUACGAGCAGAAUUAAAGCCAAAGCCCCAGGCCUUUGAUGUCCUGCCUAUGUCUGGAGUCCUGGCAACUAAAGAGCGCUCCAACAUACAGAUCAAAUUCAUGCCAUCAGAAGAGAAAUUCUAUAGCCAGAUCCUGACCAUGAAUAUCACUCACAGCUCACAGAAGCUGCCCUUGCUUGUCCAAGGCCACGGACUGGAGCCCCGCCUGGAUUUUAACCCCUCUGUGGUAGAGUUGGGGCCUUUGCAGCCUUUUGCUCCUGGCGAUGAGGCAGAGAUCACAGUGAAGAAUCCUUGUGAUUUUCCCAUUGAGUUUUACUCCCUGGAAUUUGAUCAGGAAUAUCUUUUAGAAGAGAAGAUUCUUCGAAACCUAAGAGGUUAUGAUGCCUGUAACACUCUUCUCCUGCCACCUCGAAUCCCAGGAGAAAAACUGCCACCUGAAGUGGUUGAGUAUUAUAAGGAGCUAACACACCUUAAGGAAGAGCAAAAGAACAGAUCUGUGGAAGCACAGGAAAACGUUGAGGAUGACGAAUCCGACAGCCCAGAGCAUGGGGUCGGGUCAAAUAUGAAGCGGAGCUCUCUUACCAGAGGCAUAUCUGUUACAUCCAACUUUGAAGAGUGGCAUAUACCACCCCCUGAGCCUCGAAAUUUCCAUGAAGAAGAAGAGGAAGAGGACAACUUAGACAGAUUUUUCUCCCAUCUGCCUGAAAAACCACAAAGUGCCAGUGAGACACGCUCCAUGGAUGAAGUUGGAGAAAUCGAUAAUGACCCAGUGAGCAGGUGCAUAGCUCGGCACCUGGGUAUUCCUACUUCUCCUGAAAGCCACGCAGCCAAGCACCGAAGAGGCAUCGCCAUCAUAGUACAUGGAUCGCCAUUGUCAGGGAAGACCAAUGCGUGCAAUAACCUCGCCAAAUACUAUGGUGCUGCCUACCUGACUCUCGAUUCCAUUGUAUUGGAUGCUCUGUCGGAUUCAAGCAGCAUUCCUGGACUCCGAGCCCGGGAGCUUUGCAUGAGGGCAACCACUGAGCAGAGCUUCCGGGAUGGAGAAGAGUCAGUGAAGGAUGCUGCUAUGAUUACAGAGAGCUCCUUAGCACAGACAUCUGUAGGACUGUCAAGAGUAAGCACUGAGAAUUUGGCCAAGCAUAUCUCAGAAGGAACUCUGCCCUCCCCUGAAACCCGAAUAACCGUCUUCAAAGGCUAUCGGGGAAGUGUAGUUAUGACCAUUAAGAACAAGUCAGACAGCCAUGGUUCUGGGUCCCAAAAGCAACAUCAUCAGCUGCACCAGUCGGAAACAUCGGGAUCACAGAUUCCAUCCAGCCCUCUGACCUAUACGCCUAUUCAGCUUCGGUUCAUGAAUAGCUCCAGUGAAGGAGAUAUGGGACUCUUCAGUUGUGUGCUUCCUGAGGACCUACUGGUGCAAAUCAUAGAAGAGAGGAUACAGCUCAGUGACUGCUACCGAGGAGUGGUAUUUGACGGAAUAGAAACAGUCUUUGCCAGGAACGCAGCUUGUGCUCUUCAGUGUCUGCUCCGAGCCAUCAACAACCGGGAGCACAUAUAUUUUGUCAACGUGGCCCAGGAUUACAGCAUCAUGAAGGCUCGGGAGAAAGCCAAGGUGGAAAAGAUAGAGCAGGAACACCAGGGAGCAAUUGCAAGAGAGAAGGCUCAUCUGCAAAAGAUGGAUGAGGAGGAAUAUGAUGCCCUAAUGGACGAAGAAAAGAGGAUGUUUGACAUGGAAGUUCUGCAGGCCAUUCGGGAGCGCAAGAAAAGGAAACAAGAGAAAUUAGCUCGGGAACUUCAGGAAAAGAAAAUACAGCAGGAACUUGAACGGCAACGUGAGGAGGAAGAGAUGAAAAAGAAAAACAAAAGAAAGCAGAGAGAACCCGUCAAAGAGGAGGCCCCAGCAAAGAAACCUGCUGGACCAAGACAGUCAUCACAGACCCAGGUAGGUGCCAGUGCAAAUGCCAAAGCAGACAUCAAGUCAGAUAUCGUACUAGAAAGGAAGGGGUCAAUGAGAGAACAACCACUCUUGGAGGACAAGAAGGAGGAGAAAAGAAAAAGGAGCAGACAGCAGCUGGGGGAAGGACUGUCCUUACAACCCCUGGUAGAACAAGUAGAAAGUGAAAGGGAUUUAUUGAGAGAGAGUGAGAAGCAGCUGGCCCAUAAGUUCAAAGUCUAUGACAUGAGCCUAAAGGAAAUUCAACAAGUCUUGAUGCGCUGGGACCGGAAGCAGGGCAUCUGGAUACCCCACGCGGGCACUGACGAUACCCAGCACGAGGCAGAAGAUCAAAAGCAGGCCACUUCCGGGAGGAAGGGCCGGAAGGAUCGUGAGAGGGAAAGGCUAGAAAGGCUGGAGAAGGAGCGGGCCGAGAGGGAGCGCCUGGAGAAGGAGAAGGCUGAGAAGGAGCGUCUGGAGAAACUCAAGGCGAUGGAAGACAAGAGCGACGGAGGGGAGGGAGAGGAAGAAGACCACGAAGGGAAAAAGGACUUUGGGGUGCCCAUCUUGGACUUCCAGCCGACUGUCUCCGAGGAGUUUAACUGGAAGCAGAUCCUAGAGACAGAAAGGUUGCCAAAGAUAGAGCAGAUGAUGGAUAUCCUGGACGUUGGAGUCAUGGAACUACCAAUCCCACCUCCCGCCUUGUUCUCAAUGAUCCCGUUCCCAGUGAAAAGGGUGCCCGUGGUCUCGACAGAAAUCCUUAAACACUUCACUUUUGUCAUCCCGCCAAGUGAAGAAACCACGACAUCCGAGGAGAAAAAGGAAAAUGGAAGUGAACCUGAGGUUUCUAGCAGCACCCCAACAAUGAAUGAAGAUCAAGUCACACCAGCUAAGGCACGAUCAAGACAGAAAGACAAAGGUGCGGAGGCCCAUAAGGAAAAGCAUGGGCAUGCAGCAGUCCUCAGGAAGCUGCCCGAGGCUCUGCCUGUGGCAUCCAUCACCCCCUUGACAGGCUUAGACCAGAACACCUUCACCACCCAGCAGGAGCAGGAUAAAAUCAUGAGCUUGAAUAAUUUCCGUUGGAUCGUCCCCGCCCACGAAGAGGUGACACUCCGAGUACACUUCUCCUCCAACGAGGUUGGGAACUUUGAUCAGACUUUCAACUUUGAGGUCCUUGGAACUCGCCGCCAGUAUCAACUCUACUGCCGGGGAAUUUGCACAUACCCUUCCAUCAGCCGGGACGUCAGGGUGGUGUUCCCUCAUCGGAAAAAGGAGUUGAAACCUGAAGAGAUUGUCUUUAAGAAAUAUAUAAUGAAUCAGGAGUUGUUUCAUUUUGGUCCAUUGCUGUGUGGGAAAUCAAGAGAUAAGUAUAAAGCAAUCCAGUUCCCAGACAACAUGGAGAAGCUAACAAUCCUAAACGACUCCCCACUGACUGCAGAGGUGACCUUCAUCUUCCAGUAUGAUGUCAAAGCCAACACCUACAUCCUGGACCCGCCCUCCAUGACCCUUAAGCCCAAUGAGAAGCAGGUGCUGUCCGUGUGGGCAUACCCGACCUCCGUGGGCAUAUUCGAUGACGCCGUUGUCUGCUGCAUCAAGGAAAACCCAGAGCCCGCCAUCUUCAGAAUAACCUGCCAGGGCAUCCGGCCAGAGCUGGAAUUGGACCACAAGCAGCUGCAUUUUGAAAAGCUGCUCCUCCACAGGAAAGAAUCCAAGAUGAUUUUCUUACGGAAUGUCACCCCCCUGCCCGCAGCCUGGAGGAUCAGCAGCCUCGAGCACCUGGGGGAAGAUUUCAGUGUCUCCAGAGUACAAGGCCUCAUCCAGGCUCGGGGGGAAUACUGCCUGCAAGUCCACUUCCAGCCCACCAAGGCCAUCAACGCCAAGAAGGCGAUUCGCUUAGAGGUUUUAGAUGCCGACUAUCUCCUUGGAGUUGUUCAGAUUGAAAACAUCCAGAUCUUUGCAGAAUCAUAUGACAUUGCGUUGGACAUCACUUUCCCCAAAGGGAAUGAAGGAGCCUUAGAUUUGGGGGUUGUUCGAGUGAUGGAAGAAGCUAAGCAGUUUCUGGCCUUGAAGAACAAAGGAAAAUAUGAAAUUGCCUUCAGCUUUUCCCUGGAGCCCCUGGCACCUCACCUACCCAAUGUGAACUCCAUCCUCUCUACCCAACCCAAGAAAGGAUCACUGACCACAACUGACCGCCCCACCAACAUCCAAGUGAUCUUCCGUUCAAAAAGAGAAGUGAAAAUUGAGAACAAGCCCAUCAUUCGCUGUCAGAUUAUUGAACCCAACAGCAUAGGCGGAGGUGAAAUCAUUGCCAGCAUUCCAAUUAAAUUCUCGGUGAAUGCAGUAUACUCCAAAUAUGGCAUCAGCCCUGCUGCCAUCAUCAACUUUGGAGCCAUGGUUUGUGGCAGCCGUAAAACUUCUACCUUCAUCAUUGAAAACCAAGGUGCCCUGGACUUCAGAUUCAACAUCGGCAGGCUGAAUAGGGAUGCUCCUCUACUUCAAACACGGAAAAUAGGAGCAUUGCAUAAUGCUAAGCAUGUGCGAUCUAAGGAAAACAUCAGCUCCUACAAGUUCUCUGCUACCAGAACACCCAAAGGCACUGAAUCAAUCCAAAAAGACACCAGCACAAUGAACCAAGCUCGUUUCACCCUCAACAUGUUCACCAUAUACCCUGGAUUUGGAUCCAUCCCUCCGGGAGGGCAGCAGAUAAUCACGGUAGAUUGUUUUGCUGACCCAAUUGGACGAUGUGAGGAGUUUCUGGCCAUUGAGAUCUCAGACAGAGAUCCAAGAGACCAGCCCGGAGGCAUUCAAUACGUGUUGGCAGCUGAAGCCUGUUUGCCAGCUUUCGUGAUAGAUGACAUGGCCUCCAUUUUCGAAGAGCAUCUAGUAUGUAACAAUAUCAACCUGCACCAGGCUCUGCAAACCACAGAAGGUAGAGGGGUGUUCUUGGAGGAUGAGAACAAAUUUGUAUUCCGUAACGUCCUGGUGGGACACCAAGCCAGAGCUCGAUUCAAGAUCAGUAACGUGGGAAAGAUUCCCUGUGACGUCAAUGUCUCCGUCAAGCCUAUUUCCACCAGGGCUGUAGCUCGCAUCACCGACAUCUUUGAAGUGGAGCCCACCAAGAUGUGCAUUUCCAGCCGCUCCCAGGCUUUUGCCACCGUGACUUUCACUCCACAGACAAUGCAGACCUAUCAGUGUGUCUUUGAAGCCUCCUUAGAUGGUUUGCCUAAUUUCCUCUCCAAGACCCGAAACCUCACAUUCGAUAUCGUUGGAGAAGGGAACCUACCCCGAGUGACUGUUACUCGGCCCAUUCUCUGUAACCAAAAAGGAAACCCUCUCUUCCUGUUUAAGAGGCUUCUGGUGGGCCACACAGAGAAGCUUCCUCUCAUCCUUACCAACAAUGGAACUAUUCCUGCCCAGGUACAUGUUGAUCUGAGGGACAACCUGAAUGUCUUCUCCCUGAAAGGCAGGCCCACCACCAACUAUAUCUACAUAACAGAGGAGAACCAUCCUGAUGAAAAGUCAAAGAAAGCUCAUACAGCCUCCCUCAUCCUUUACCCUGGAGAGACAGCCGAGUUUGACGUUUAUUUCAAACCAAGCAGGGCAGAGAAAGUGACGGGCACCAUCUAUUUAUCUGUGGUUAACAACCAGUAUGAGGAGACCACCAUUCAGAUGCUGGGAGAGGGCUAUGAGGAUGAUAUCACCUUGGACAACAUCCAUGGACUCGCUACCACCUCCAAGUCGGAUACAGGGGAAGUCACUGAGGUCACAGGCAAAAUGAUGGAGCAAUUGUUGGCAUCUGCCCGGGUAGAUCACCUUCAGUUUGGGGACUGUCAUGUUGGCAGCACCUACGAAGUGACCUUCACAAUCACCAAUCGCAGCGAAGCUAAUGCCGUAAGGUUUGAGUGGCCUAUCAUGCAUCCUCUCCAUUUCUCACCACAGGCCGGCCACCUUCAUGCUGGAUGUGCUAAAGACAUCACGGUGACUUUGAAAUCUCGCUCAGCUGUCAACCUCAAGAAAACCUUGGUGAAGUGUAGACUCUCGAGAAUAGUUUUCCAGCAGCCCGUGGACCAGGUACCAGACUGGGACAACCACAUGCGUACGGUCAAAUGGAUAGAUUCUGUGAAGAGUCCGACCAGCAAGAUCCCUCCCAAAAAAAAAGUGAUAGAGACUGACCCUGAACCUGCACACACAGUCCUGGAAGAAAAUUAUCAAGAACUAGAGCUUUACAUCAGCGCUGUGGUGGACUAUUCCUCCUUUUGUUCCCAAGUGAAAGAAGUGAACUUUAAGGAUACACUGGUUUUCCAGACCCGAGUUUUUGAGUUUGAUCUGACUAAUACAGGACCUGUGCAGCUGGGAUUUACCUGGCUGCUGUCCUCAGAUGAACCAACAAAGACUGUCAGCUUUGCUGAUCCACAGAGCUCGAUUUCUCCAGCCCGCAAGGAACAGUCCAGUCAAGGAACUUUCUGUGCCGGAAGUACGGACAGCUUUUCAUCCCACGCAUACAGCAGUUCCUCCACCUACCCUUUCUCCAUGGAGCCCAUCAGUGGCAUCAUCCCAGUUGGGCAACAUCAAAAACUCAAGGUUAAAUUCUCUCCCCUGGAAGUCGGAGAGUUUGAGAACAGCAUAUACUGCCAAAUCCCUAAUCUGGCUCCUGAAGCUCAAGGCCUAAUGGUGAACGUGAAAGGGAGAAGCCUCUUACCAUAUUGCCAUUUUGAUCUGAACGAAUCUGACUACAUCAGCAACCAUAGGCGCGAUCCAGACUUACCCGGUCCAAGUGGCGCACCUCUGGAUCCCAACACAAGAGUGAUUGAGUUUGCCUCCAUGGGUGUGGGAGCAAAGAACACCCAGACCUUCACCAUUAUGAACCCUACCAACAGUCCUUAUUCCUACCAGUGGGUCUCAGAAGAAACUGAGACUCUCCAGAACCCUUCACCCUUUCUAUGCCUGACCAAGGAAGGCUUAAUCCAGCCAGAGAAAAGAGCUGAGAUCUCAUUCCAGUUCACUCCUCACCAUUUGGAUGUCGUGGAAUCAUUCUGGACUUUCCUAAUCCCUGAGCACAACAUCUCGGUGCCUUUCCUUCUGGUGGGCAAGGCCGUAGACCCUUUAAUAUCUCUGGAUGUGCCUCACCUCGCUUUCAGCUCUAUCCUGAUGGGACAUGAAGCCCGAGAGACAGUACACAUGAUUAACAAUGAGGAGCAAGGCUUCAAUUUUGCAUUUGAAGACAGUUCCUGCUAUUCUGAAGGCUACAUCAAUAACCUCACUUUGAAACCUAUGGAAGGCAUGAUCCCAGCAAUGUCCAGGCUACCCAUCGAUAUUUUCUUCACCCCAAAGUGCGAAGGAGAAGUGAGCUUUAAUCUGAUCUGCCACGUGAAAAGGAAAGCCCAGCCUCUGACCUUAAAUGUCAAAGCUGAGGGCUACAGUAUGAAGGUGGAGAUCAAGUGCAAAGAAAGUGAUGGUUCAGUGUUCAAUCUGAAUCCCCUCCAGCCCAAUGUCAUCAGCUUCAAUGAGGUAGAAAUAAAUGAAAGUGUGCAGUGUGAGUUCACCCUGAUGAAUCUCGGCAAAUUCAGCUUCAACGUCCAGUCCGAAUUUGAUGGCCCCAAAGCCCUGCAGCAAUAUUUUACUUUCUCACCCAGGGAGAUGGUGGUUGAGGCCGGGCGGAGCGUCCCAGCCUCCUUAGCUUUCUGCCCUCUGAAGAAGUGUUUUGUAAAGGGUGUGCAACUCAGACUCAAGAUCAGUUACGGUCCCAUAUACACCUGCAUCCUCGUGGGCUCCUCAGUGACUCCAGCCAUCCAGUUCUCUUUUACCAGUUACAACUUUGGGACCUGCUUCAUCUACUUACCCGGGAUGCCCACGUACAAACAGAUCCUUGUCAUCACGAACAAUGAGGAAAAGCCUAUUAGCUUGGAAUGUUUGUAUACCAACACAGCCCAACUGGAAGUGGGUUGGCAAGUUGACGUGAUAAAGCCUGGAAAGAGUACAGAAAUUCCAAUCACCUUCUAUCCUCGAGAAGCUAUAUGUUAUAAGGAAAUCAUUCCCUUUGAAAUCAAUGGACUCUCACAGCAAAAUGUUGAGAUCCAAGGGAGAGGCACUGAGAUGAAGAUUUCAGUCUUGGAUCCUGAAAAUAAGAUUGUGAAGUUUGGAGCUCUGUUACCAGGGCAGACGGUCAAAAGAACCGCCUCGAUCGUGAACAGCAGCCUCAUCCCACUGACCUUUAACCUGACAUCAACGUUCAGCAUUGCAGAACUCAACAACCCCAAGGUUGUGACCUUGACACCUUGCUCCAACAUCUCCCUGAAGCCCCAAGAAGUCUGUAAAGUGGAGAUUGUCUUCUACCCACAAAAACGUAUCCCCCAAUUUAGCGAGGAGAUACUCCUGGAGUACUCGGGGCUCCUCCGUGCCCUCUUUCUCAUCAGUGGCUGCUGCCAGGCCCUGGAGAUCGUCCUGGACCAGGAGCACAUCCCCUUCGGGGCUGUGGUCUGUCAAGCUCAUGUGACACGUCGGCUCCUCAUGAUGAACAUCGGGGACAUUGGAGCGAGAUUCGAAUGGGAUGUCAAGAAAUUUGCACCUAAUUUCUCAAUUACCCCAGAUAAAGGCUACAUCACCCCCGGAAUGGAGGUUGCUUUUGACGUGACCUAUCAUCCCACUGAGCUGGGCAAAGACAGCUGCUAUAAAAACCUGCCCUGUAGCAUCCAGGGGAGCAAACCCCUCCUGCUUACCCUGUCUGGAGUCUGUGUGAAUGUGUCUGGAAUAAAAGAGACGGUGAAUUUCACCUGUCAGGUGCGCUCCAAACAGACCCAGACCAUCAUGCUGUCUAACCGCAGCAACCGCGCCUGGCACCUGCAUCCCAUUUUUGAAGGAGAGCACUGGCAAGGGCCGGAGUUUCUCAUCCUGGAAGCCCAUCAGCAAAACAGGCCCUAUGAGAUCACCUACAGGCCCCUCACCAUGAAUGCUGACGGGCGGAAACAUAUGGGCACACUCUUCUUCCCACUCCCUGACGGGACAGGCUGGCUGUAUGCUCUUCAAGGGACCGCUGAUGCUCCCAAAGCAGUAGCCAAUAUCUACCGGGAGGUGCCAAGCAAAACACCCUACACUGAGCUACUGCCCGUCGAAAACUGGCUGAACAAAAUGCAGAGAUUCCGAGUCAUGGUGGACAUGAUGAAGCCAGAGAAACUGGAUCUGAGCGUGACGAUAAAAGGCCUCGACUACAUCGAUGUCCUGGCAGGAUCCAAGAAAGAUUACAAGUUGAACUUUUUUUCCUUCAAGGAGGGGAUAUUCUCUGUAAAGGUGACCUUCCGCAAUGAAGUAAGCAACGAGUACCUCUUCUACUUGGUGACUUUCAAGGUCCUCCCCAGCGGAAUCAUUAAGACAAUCGAGAUGAGUACCUUUGUUCGGCAGAGCACAUCAGCCUCCAUCAAGGUGGAAAACCCCCUCCCUUACUCUGUCGUCUUCACCACAGACUGCCGAGUACCUGAUAUCAGCAUACCCUCCCAGUUCGCAGUACCAUCCAAUUCAGAGGGUAUGGUAACAUUUGAUUUCCAACCUCUCAAAGCUGGAGAGACCACUGGGCGACUGAGUCUACACCAGGGUGAUUUAGGCACCUACCAUUACGAACUCAAUCUUAAAGCCAUCCCAGGCCGGCCUGAGAAGCCAGUCUACUUCCAGGCUGUCCUGGGUAGCAGCCAGAAUGUCAAUGCUAAGUUCAUUAACUACACCCGUCAGAAGGCAGAAUAUUCAUGUAAGACUGACAACCAAGAUUUCCACGUGGAGAAGAUUGUCUGUGCAGCACCAGGAGCCCAAGGAGGCAUUGAAGUCAAUGUGGAAGUCAACUUUGAACCUAGCCAGCUAGGUGAAAUAAGGGGCAUGCUCUAUCUCUCCUCUCCCGUGGGAGGGGAAUACACUAUCCCACUCAUUGGACUGGCCCAAUACCCCAAACCCCAGGGUCCCAUCCAAAUCAAAGCAGGUUCCAACACCAUCAUCCCCUUUAAAAAUGUAUUCUACCACCAAAUGUCCUAUUCCUUUAUUGUAGAGAGCCAAUUCUUCUCUGUCAAAGCCCUUGAUACAGUGCGUGCUAAGAAAAUCAACAACAUUACUGUCUCCUUCGAAGGGAACACUUUAGGCCAAAAAUCUCCCAUUACCUCCAAGCUCAUUGUGUCCUGCCUCAAUGCCACCGGCAAUGAAGCAGGAAUCCAGUGGAUCUAUUAUCUGAAAGGGGUCACCCCAUAGAAUUAACCAGGAGUCAAUUGCUUAUAAACCAACAAAAGCCCUUUUCCUUGGCCCUCUGGCACCAUCAGUAUUUUGUGAACUCUUAGACUCCCCACCCCCACCAAAGCCCAUCCUCCACAUAGUUCCCUCUUCCUAAAGCCCCAGGCUCUUGGCAGUGAAGAAAAACAGGGGGAAGAUGAAGUCCUCUUAAAACUCAUCAGCUGUUGACCAAAUUCACUAGGGAUUAUAUGUGUCAACCCUGUAGGGUUUUUCCUAACAAAGAAUAACAGAAAUUGGGGAGUAUAAAUGCAGUAUCAUAGCCCUGUUUUUCUUCAGAGUAUACAAGCACCCAUCAAAUACAGUAUCUACUCACAGUCAUAUGAAGAUUUAGUUUGUGGUUUUUUUUAUUUUAAAUUUCAAAUGAUUUGGUUACUUAUGAAUUGUAGACUUUUCUACAGAUUUCUGGAAAUCCCCUUCCCCUCCCCCAAACCCAACUAUCCAAUAAAGAUAUCAGUUAUUAAGAAAAUAUUGUGUUACUACCCAUAAGCCUCCAUUCAGUAGUGUAUCCCAUCACUCAGCAUCC